CUUUGGCGGCCUCAUCGCUGAGCGCCGCUGCCGCUGUACCCUCCACCAACAUCAUCACCACCAUCAUCACCGUCACUCCUCCAUGGACCUCACCCUGUCCUCCAUGGACGCGCUGGAGGCUUUGGCCGACGAGGUCGCCCUCGAGGGCCUGGACGGGGUGACCCCGAGCGCGCUGUGGGUCCGCCUCGCCGCCCGCUCGCCUCCCUUCCCCGGCGGGGGGGCCCCGCGCCGCGACGUGGCCCUCCGCGCCUUCCUCUGGGCCGCCCUGGCCUCGCACCCGGGCGUCGACUUCUACGAGCUGCCCGUGCCGCGGCCUCCGCUGCUGCUGCGCGAGACGGCGGCGGUGGAGGUGGAUGCGGCAAGAGACGAGGGGUGCAAGGACGAGGCGGAGGCGCCGUCGGGGCGGUGGGAGAGCAGCCCGGACAUCUACCCCGUGCACAUGCUGCUGGACGACCCCGCCGGCAUGCAGGGCUCGUGCCGCUACUACGGCGAGCGCACGUGCGUCACCGAGCUCGUGCGCAGCCGCGACCUGCGGCCGCUGUGCACGCUGGAGGAGGUGGAGAAGCGGUGGGGCGACACGCUGGUGGCCGUGGCAUCGCAGGAGCUGCGGUGGCGUGCGCUGGCCGGCUGGCAGUGCGACCCAGACCUGCGCGUGCCCGACUUCUCGUACUGCUUGCUGGAGCGGCUGGGCCGAGCGCGCUGGGAGGGUGCCCUACAGAGCGACCUCCACACCAACGUUUUCCAUAUCGACGCGAGGAAGAUGCACUACCACCGCGGCUUCCUCGACCGCCUCGGGCUGGUGACGCUGCAGUCGCACGUGACGCGCCGGCCCAACGGGAGCCAGAUGCACUCCAUGCUGCUGCUGCUCAAACGAUUCCACAUCGACAGGGCUGGCUGCAGGCACAGCAAGUACUCGGUGCUCAUGCAGAAGCUGUCCGACAAGCUGAUGAUGCGGCCCACUCGUACGGACUCCAUCGCCAGGCUUCGCACAGAAAUGAGCAUGGACGGCCGGUCGUUCCGGAAGCUCUACCAGUUCAUGGUGACGUUGGGGCACAUCGUCAUCACGUCCGUGGUCAAGCAGACUCAACAGGGGCGGCCCUGCAAGAACACCAGAGGUAACGACGUGAUGGUGAGGAGCCUGCAGCUGGUGCGUGCGUUCGGAGAGGCGGAGGCGGAGGCGGAGGUGGAGAAGGAGGAGACUCCGAUCCAGAGGCCCGUCCGGCCGCAGGGCCUCGUGCUGCAGCGUGACAUGCUGACGCAGGCCCUGGACCUCGUGCGGAGGCACGGGACGGGCGGCAUCUCGCACUCGGAGCUGUGCCUCGAGCUCAACGUGGGCAAGCUGGAGGGACGCAUGCUGUGCCGCACGCUGUGCCGCAGGGGGCUCGUCAAGGACAUCAUGGAGGACGAGGGCCGCCAGCGCACCACCAAGUACAUCGCGCAGCAGUUCGUCAAGACCAGCGUCCUCAGCCAGCAGAUCGAGCGCGAGCGGGCGCGCAACCAAGAGCUGACCACGCCGGGCGGUGCCGGCCCCUCGCCGGCCGCCCCCGCUUGGGCCGUCGCCCAGCCGGGGCGCACGCACGGCAGGGUGAAGCGCUGCGGCGCCGGUGCUGCCCCCCGGCGCCCCGACACCGUGUUCCCCUGGAACUGGGGUGCGGCCGGGAGGUGGAGGCAGCCGGGGAAGAGCGCCGCCGGCGCCGCCACUUCUGGCGUCGCUACCGCGCAGGAUCCCGCCGCCCUCUUGCCCAGCAAGAGGGGCCGGCCGAAGGGCUCCAAGAACAAGAAGAGCUCCUUGAAGAAGAACAAGAAGGCCAAGGUGAACACCAAGGCCAGCGGCAGGAAGAGAGGCCGCCCGAGAAAACACCCCCUACCGCAGGCGGAUGAGACGACCGCAGAGGACAAGCCCGGACACGCCGCCGCCGAUGAGUCGGAGGUGAAGGUCAUGGCUGAGCAGCUCCAAGAGGCCACAGCAGUGGCAGCAGCAACAGCAGAAUUGGUUCUGGCACCGGCGACGGAAUCCACGGAUCCCGCCGAUGCUCCACACGCCGGGCCCGGCACUGAGGUUGAGGCCGCGUCGGCGCCGAGCGAGACGGGGACCCGCGGAGAAGGAGGAGACGAGCAGGAGCCAGCGCCGGAGGGAGGAGCUGUGGCGUGCCGGGAGAGCGUGGCAUUGCUGGAUGCCGGCGAGGCCGCCGCGCGGCGAGAAGGAGAGGCGCCGUUGGGCGCGGCCGCGGGGCAGGCCGGAGCGCCGGCCGACUCGGAGGGGCCGGCGCCGGAAGGGCACGGGGUCUGCAAGGUGGAGGUAGACGAGGAGGCCGAGGUCAAGCCGGAGGGUGGUGAACUCCUGCUGGAGCCGGCGGCGCCUCACAAGCCCGGCGCAACGCGGGGCCCGACGCGUCUGACGUACCGCCUGCUCAAGCGACAGAACAUGAUCAUCGAGGCCGUGCGCAGCCACCGCCUCAUCGAGAGCCUCUUUGCGCUGCAGAAGAUGAUCGUGGACGAGGAGCGCGUGGAGGGCGUGAGCGGCCGCUGCUGCCGCAAGUCGAUCGUUCGUCUCGUCAACAAGCUGGCGGAUGACGGGCAGUUGCGCCUCUACCGCACCACCGUCGUGCAGGAUGGCAUCACCAAAAAAGUGGAGCUGGUCGUUCACCCGUCCGUGAGCCCCCACGACCCGCUGGUGAAGAGCGCACUGGAGCAGGUGCGCUUCCGGAUCUCCGGCUCCUAUUCCUCCCAGAGGGCCAAGGCGUCGGCGCAGGCGCACAAGGCGCAGGCGGAGGGGGCGGCGGCGGCGGCGGCGGCGGCGGCGGCGGCGGACGAGACGUCGCCGGGCGGCACCAAGAAGACCGGCGAGCGGAGGGACUCGCACGACGAGGCGGGCGAGUCGUCGGGGGACUCGCGCGGCGGCCGCGUCUCCGCGACGGGACAGAAGGCGACCAGGACGCUGGGGCUGCAGCGCACCAUCGACAUCAGGAUGGGCAUCACGCCCCUGCUCGACUACUCGCCGCCCAUCGUCCCAGGGCUGGGCCGUUCGCUGGGCUUCAUGCCCAAGAUGCCGCGCCUGCGAAUCCUGCACACCUUCCUCUGGUACAUCGUGCACGGCCACAAGCUCAAGCAGGAGCCGCCCGCCGCACUGCCACGGGGAGGGGCGGAGGCCCCCGACGGCGAGGGGUCGUCGCUCGCGGAGACCAGCGGGGACGGUGCAGGCCCACCGGCCGCCGAGAACUCCAAGGACCCCGGCACGCUCUCGGAGGUGGCCUCGGAGGUGGCCCCCCGGUGGGAAGGAGACCAAAGCGAAGGGCGGCCCUCCGUGGGCACGGGGCAGAGCAGCACGUCGCCGAGCAGCCAAGCGGAGCAGCUGUUUGCGGAGGAAACAGUGUACAUGGAGGUGCAGGACUGGCGCCGGUUCACGCCGCCGGCGCCCAUCCACGGGGAGUACGGCGAGGGCUGGGCGCUCGUCAGCGACAUCCUGCUCUGCAUGCCGCUCUCCGUGUUCGUGCAGCUCAUCCGCAUCAGCUACCGGGUGGACGGGCUGCAGGAGCUGCUGGACGACCCCGUGAAGAAGCACACGCUGGUGCGCUUCCUCCCCGUCGCCAUGAGGCAGCAGCUGCUGUUCAAGCGGAGGUAUAUUUUCCUGAUCUUUGAAUGCUUCCAGCGACUCUGGUUCAUGGGCCUGCUCCAUUUCGGGCCCCUCGAGAGAUUCCAGGACAAGGAUCAGGUGUUCGUGUAUCUGAAGCGGCGCGCCACCGUGGUGGACACGACGACGUGCGAGCCGCACUACAAGCUGGCGCAGAGCUCCGAGCCGUUUGAGCGCCGCACGUACUCGCUGCGUGCCAUGGAGAACGUGGAUGAGUACUGGCUACACAUGCAGUGCGUGUGCCUCAACACGCCGCUCGGCGUGGUGCGCAACCAGCAACGGAGCAAGAGCGGCGGUGCCGACGGGGAGGAGACGGAGCAGGGAUCGUACGACGACAAGCUGCUCAACAAGAAGUGCAGCAUGCUGGAGUACACCUCGGGCAGCAGGGAGGUGCAGGACGACGGCACCAUUCCUGGGGACGGCCUGGGCGCCGGCGGCCUUGACUCGUGCUUUUUCGGGCACCUCAAGCGCAACUGGAUUUGGAUGUCGUACAUCCUGCAAAAGGACAAGCCGGACCUCGGGCGCGGCAGUGGCACCUCCACGGUUCGCCUGCAGACGUUGCUGCAGAAACCGCUGCAUGGCUCGCAUCCCAUGGGCCGCUUUGGCGAUGGCGCGAGCGUGGGCGCUGCUGCUGCUGCAGCGACGACGACACGCGGCGGGGACGACGGGUGGCCGGUGGCGCGCACAGACGACGUGCUCCUGCGGAAGGUGGAGGCCGCGAACCGGAACAAGGCGGUGGCGGGCGGCAAGGGGCAGAAGCGCAAGCGGGACAAGCGCGACGCCGAGCCGCGCAAAGCCAGCCCCAAGCGGAAGAAACCGAAGAAACCCAACGAAUCGCCACGGAAACGCAGGGAGGAGGGCAGCCCCAAGAUGUACUACGACGAGACGGACCGCAGCGCGCUCAGCCGCAUGACCAAGCAGCGCGUGGCGUGGACCGAGCAGGAGGACGGCCUCCUGCUGCUGUGUCGUGUCGCCUGCACCAUCCUCAACGCCAAGGUGCGCCGCCCGUUUGUGCCGUGGCAGGUGAUCCGCGACGUGCUGCACGCCGAGUACGUCAGCUCGCUGGACAAGACGUCGCACGCGGUGGCGCGGCGAUCGCGCUACAUCCUCAAGAACUCGCGCACCGACCUCAACUACAGGAUCUGCUUGGCGGAGGCGACGCAGGACAGCAAGCUGGUGGAGGAGAUCAUGAACCAGACUGGCGACUACGCGAACCCGCAGGUCUGUGCGCUGGAGUUCACGGAGUUUGUGCAGCGGCUGAGGGCGAAGUUUCGUCCCAACCCAGAGACGCUGCAGAUGGACAUCCCCGACUCCCUCGAGGAGCUCUUCCGCAAGUACCGCGUGAUGACCGUGUGGAAGGAGAGCGGCAAGAAGGCGCGUCCGGAGGCCAACAGCUUGGAUGACAUCCACGCCAUGGUCCUGGAGAACUUCAUUCAGAGCACCCUCGCUCUGUCCGACCGCCAAGUCAAGAACAACCUCGCCUACCAGAUCUUCCGCAUCUACCAGUACUACUCGGAGCAGGUGCUGCUGUCCACCUUCCAGCGCUACACCCAGCGCGGCCUCGUCAACCGCCGCCGGAUCAGCAAGCAGAUCGGCCCCAAGAAGAGCCGCGCGCUGCCCUUCGCGCCCAUGUCCUACCAGCUCUCGCAGGGAUACUACCGGUUCUUCACCUGGCGGUACCUGAGCUCCCUGCUCACCGAGGCGCACCGCUUCAUGCGCACUCUGCGCGACGCCGGCGCCGAGGACAAGCCCAACGUCGUGCUGUUCCGCGGCCGGGAGCCCGCGGUGACGGCCGCACCGGCGGAGACACCGGCGGGGUCAACGGUGAGGGCACCGGCGGAGGCACCGGCGGGGUCAACGAUGGGGGCGAUGUUGGAGCCACCGGCGGAGGCACUGGCAGAGGCAACAGUGGGGGGGGCGACCUGUGGCUCGGCGGCCUCAAUGACGGGAGCUGGUGGCGUGGGUGGCGGCACCAGCGCCGCGGUGACCUACACGAUGGACGCGCCGGGCGGGGCCUGCGCAUGCGUGCUGGCGCUCAUGGCGAUGGGCUGGCUGGCGUGCGAGCUGGAGAUCCCCGAGCAGAUCGUGGUGGUGGACAGUACCAUGGUGGACAGCGCCGUGCUGAAGGCCCUGGCCCACGAGAACUCGGACGACGAUGACGACGAUGAGGAAGACAACGAGGAGGACGAUGACGAGAGCGGGCGGCACGGGGCCGGUGGGGUCGGGGGUCGCCAGCGGGUCGACGUGAACCCACGGCAGUCGUCGCGCGUCAGAUACCUCCUCAUGAAGGGCUACUACGUGCCAGGGAUCGUGGGCGUGCGCAAUCUCAACCCCAACGACAACAUCGUUGUCAACUCUUGCACCGUCCGCUUCCGGCUGCUGCCAUCGCCGCGCCCCUAUGGGCUGCCCUCACGCUACGACGCGUUGGACACGGCGGAGGGCGUGGAGCUGCUACCGCCUUGGUUCUCGGUGGUGAUGGACGGGGAGGAGCCAAGUCAGUCCGAGUCGGCGCUUUACGAUCACGACGAGGUGGACGUCCCAGCGGUGCUGGACGUAAUCCGCGCGGCGGGGGUGGCGGGGGUGGACAUGGCUCAGCUGACCGCCGCCUUCCCUCACAUGGCACAGAGGUCGGAGGUCGGCGGGCCCACCCGCUGGCACGGGCUGCUGCAGACCCUGGAGAAGCAGGGCGCCGUGCUACAGGUCGGCUACACAUCACGGAGGGUUGUGACCCCGGAACAUGCCCACGCGUGGCUCGUGCGUUGCUCCCGCACCGAUGACUACAUGGAGAGCGGCGGCGUCGGCACAGCCGCCGCCGGCCAAAACGCCGAGGACGCGGGUGCCGGAGCGGAACUCUCCACGAUCGAGAAGGCAGCCGUCACCAGCACCACAGCUGGCGCAGGCCCAGGCAGCCGCUCGCGGCCGGGCUCGCCCGAUCGCUCGCCCAACCGCCCAGAAUGCAAAGAGGUCAUUGUCACGAACGGGAAUAUGAAUGGAGGCGCGGCCACAGAAUUGGAAACUCAAAAAGCCGUCGCGAUAGAUGCAUCGGCUGACGACGGCGACGAUGGCAACGAUGGCGACAAGGAAUGGAGAGUGAAGGGGUGUGCAGUGGAGGUGGUCACCUCUACUGCUGACAUGGCCAAAGGGUGUCAGAAGAGAGCUCUGACCACUGAUGAUAACGACGGUGACAAUGCCGUGGGUGGUGACGCGGACGAGAGUGUGCGCUCUGCGGUCACGAAGAGGGCGAGAGUGGACAUCGCGGAUGUGUGCAACGGGGGCGGCGCGAGGGAUUUGGAAAUGACAGCGCAGCAAGAGACCUGUGCUGGGCCCAAGGAGACUUGUACCGUGGGAGAUGAGGCCGUUAAUGGAUCUAGGGACACCGGUACUGUGCGAAGAGAGACAUACACUGGUUCAAGGGAGACCUGUACUGUGGGAGCGGAGAUCAGUACUGGACCCACACAGACCUGUACUGUGGGAACGGAGACCUGUGAUGGGUCCAAGGAGAUCAGUACGGGACCUACGCCGACCUGUACUGUGGGAACGGAGAUCAGUACUGGACCCACGCAGACCUGUACUGCGGGAACGGAGACCUGUGAUGGGUCCAAGGAGAUCAGUACUGUGGGAACGGAGACCUGUGGUGGGUCCAUGGAGAUCAGUACUGGACCCACGCAGACCUGUACUGUGGGAACGGAGAUCAGUACGGGACCCACGCAGACCUGUACUGUUGGAACGGAGACCUGUGGUGGGUCCAAGGAGACCUGUACUGGACCCACGCCGACCUGUACUGUGGGAACGGAGACCUGUGAUGAUGGGUCCAUAGAGAUCAGUACUGGAUCCACGCCGACCUGUACUGUGGGAACGGAGACCUGUGCACGGAACCCGUCGAGCGUGAAGCAGGAUGCAUCGAGCGCCAGCGGAGCAGAAGGGACGGGGUCCAGCGUCCGCGACGGCACGUGGGACACGCAGGGGCUCCCCGCUCACCGCACAACGGGUGAGCGCAGCGCGGUGCGCUUUGCGGCGAGGCCGUGGCGCGGCGUGCAGGGCGAUCUCAACACCCCCGUGUGCAAGGGCAUGCUCGAGGCUCUGCUGCUGCACGUCAUGAGCCAGCCCGGCCUCCCCGAGCACCGCCUGCUGCGCCACUACGCCGGCGUGCUGCAGCCGCAGGUGCUCCGGGAGCUGCUCAUGGUUCUGGAGGAGCUCGGCUGUGUGCGGAGGCUGCGGUUGCCACGGCGAUCCAAGGUGACCGCGUUCUCGUCGCCCUGGCGGAGGGACGAGGUCCCGUCCCCGCAGGGGGAGCCGCUGAACGGCGGCAAUGACGACGACGAUGACGGCUGCUCCCUCUUCCUGGAGCCCACCGUGGACGGGAUCCUGCGUCUCGGCCGCCUGCUGCCCGACGAGGUCAACUGGAACCACUGUGCGGCGAUGACACAGAGCUAGCCCCACGCGGCGGAGGGCACCGUCGCCAAUCGCGCAACACUCGCCGCCCACAUAAAACGGACAACGGCAGACCGUUUUGGCAAAAAUACGCAACCGACCUGGGUGCCAUGGGCAACCAGUGGAGCCGUCCCUCGGGUAUGGUAAAUCUGGGUGACUGCCCCGUGCUUUUGGUUGGGGGCCGCGCUUUUACAUUACAGUGUCGGAUGAAAUACUUUGGAUUUAGUUUGAAGGCCUCGGGGGGGGGGGGGGGGGUCCACACUGGAGUGAUUUCCUCCGGGGACCUGCACUCCCUCUUUGGACGGGCACUGGCUUCCGGCGUCGCAUUCAGACGACUCUGCUGGAACUUUUUAUGUUGAUUUUGGUACCACUGUCGAAGGCGGGUUGCCGGGGGGUUUGGACAGCCUCGAACCCUCUGAGACCAUUCAUCUUAACCCUGGACCCAAGCUGCCUGAGAGUUGCUCCCGGCGAUCACUUGUUUACGCAUCUAGCGGGUACCUGCACGCCGGCGCGUCCAGGAGUGGCCGAAUCCAAAACCCCCACCACCACCCGCCCAAUGAUCCUAGCCACUGUAACUUCCAAACCGAAAGCACAGCCGAUUGUUUUCAUCGUAGGUGCUGUUGUGUUGGGCUGGCUGCUGUCCACUCCCGGAGGCCUGGUUCCGUGGUUUCUCCUCUGGGACGCAUUUGCGGGCUGCGGCGACGCGGCUGCUGUUUUUAUUGCCGAUUUUGCACGCGAGCGUUUCAGGUGGCGGGGAGGGCUAGGCGGGCGGCCAGUCCACACGUUGCCGGCAGAGCGUGGUUGUUGUGGUUUUACAGCCCGGCGGGUUUUUGAUGAGCGUUGUUCUACCCUUGCACGAGCCUGCAUUCUGCCGCGCAGUCGGUUCGAGUUUGAUUUUAAUUGGUGGCAGAGCUCAUUGGCUUUUUGGUGGUGCGCGAUGCCAAAAGGGAGUUUAAUUUGUUUUAUUGUACAGCAAUUUGUAGAUAUUUAUGCCUUGCGCUUAUCAUGUUUAUACUCGCAUCAUUUGACAAUGCUAUAAACAACUCUUCUGUUUA